AUGGGUGCCUGCCUCCACCCCGAGGCCACCGCCGAGGAGCCACGGGAGGCCCUUCGCUUCCACAGGGACGCCAAGGGCACUCAGGUGCGUCUGGACGCGCAGGGGUGCACGGCGCGCAGGAGCGCCACGUUUGGCGACGGCAUCGUGUUCAGCCAGCGGCCAGUGUGGCCCGGGGAGCGCGUGGCGCUGCGCGUGCUGCGGCAGGAGGGCGGCUGGUGCGGCGGCCUCCGCGUGGGCUUCACGCGCCUGGACCCCGCGCGCGUCUCCGCGCCCUGCCUGCCGCCCUUCGUGUGCCCCGACCUGGAGAAGCAGAGCCCGACGUGGGCCGCCCUGCUCCCAGACGGCUGCGUGCGCGCGGGCAGCGUCGUUUGCUUCUGGGUGAACCGCCGCGGCUGGCUCUUCGCCAAGGUCAACGCCAGCCGCCCGCUCCUGCUGCGCAAAGACGUGCUCGUGAGCGCCCCGCUCUGGGCAGUGAUGGACGUGUAUGGGACCACCAAGGCCAUUGAGCUGCUGGAUCCCACAGGCAGCUCGUGCCACCGAGACCCGCUCAGUGAACAGGCUGUGCCUGAGCACCAAGCCACACCAAGAGAGGAGUGUGUCAUCUGCUUCCACCAUACUGCCAACACCUGCCUUGUCCCCUGUGGCCACUCACACUUCUGUGGCCCCUGCGCCUGGCACAUCUUCAGGGACACAGCCAAAUGCCCUGUGUGUCGCUGGGAGAUCAAGGAAGUGGUUCCAGCAGCAUCACUGAGGACUGGGGAAGGCUCCUGAGAGGAGAGGACUUCUUAGUAUGGGUGGCAGAGGAGGCCUCGUUCUGAGGCAGGCCCCCGUAUAGGGCGAAGGCAUAGCACUGCCCUCUGCCUGGCACAGGCUGUCAUGCCUGGUCAGAGCAGAGGGAAGCAUGGUGUUGCAGUCUGGUUUGCAUUGCUGGUAGAAAUCACCCAACCAAGAGCAGCUUCUGGGAAAAAGAGGUUUAUUUGGCUUACAGGCUCGAGGGGAAGCUCCACGAUGGCAG